AUGCCCUGGAAACCCCUGCCUCGCAUUGCGUUCGCCGUUGCGGUCUAUCCAUUCCAGCCAUCGUCGCCAGCGGACCUACCUCUCGAGCUCGGAGAUGAAUUGUACAUAAUUGAACAGGGCGGUGCCAGCGGGGCAUGGUAUCGAGGGUACCUUGUCGCGCCGCCUUCGCUCUUGGCCGGCCUGACGAGUGUUCGAGGGCAGACGCUGGAAGCCCGUGUCUUCUCCGGCAUCUUUCCAAAGAACUGCGUCGAGGUGCGGGAGGUGCUGGGGGAUGCAGACGAGGGCAACGAUAAACUGCGGGAUAGCACUGGAACUUUGCUCCCCAAUGGCGACUCGAGGUCAAUUGCUACUUCGUCUCCAGAGUAUGGGCAGCCAGGUGAUAUCAAGCCGACCUCUCGUGGCCUGGCACCGGAAGUGAAGACCGCUCGCAAACUAUCACAGCUUACCAUCCUCAAGAUGGAGGAAGAUGCCACAAAACGACGGUCUGGCAUGUCAAUGCAGACCGGGGCCGCCGUCCCUCUCCCUCCGCCUCCCCGCGACCCCAACGGCGCAAAACCAUCGGCUCCGGUCCCCAUGCUCAAGAUAGGAGAUGAGACGCCCACUUCGGUCUCGGAACCGUUGGUCGAUGAGAUCGCUUCGUGUCUGCGCGAGUGGCACUCGACCAACAUUCAUGGACUGCUCCUAGGGAGACAGUACGCUACCUUGGAGAGCAUGUCGAACAUCGUCCUAGAACUCGACCUCGCCCGACGACAGCUUCUACAUAACGUCUUGACAGCCCAGGAAAGAAAGACGCUACGCGAGGAAACGGUAUGGAACCUGGUUCGAGGGAACAAGAUGCUCAGCGGAGAAGUAAUAGUUCGCGAUCCCGCUGAGCGUGGUCGGCUUCUUACCGGUGACGAUUCGGCCAUAAAGUUGACAAAACUCCAGUCUGAAAUGAGCAUGCUCGACGGCAAAAUUACACAUCCAUCUGAUACCGUUUCGCUACAUCAUCUACUCUUCGAACUGAAUGCUGUCACCGGCGCCAUCACCAACCCAAUCGUCCUUGCGGUUAGCCUUUGCUUGCAAUCGCCCACUGGCGACGUCAAGCCGCUAUCCGAGACUUAUUCAUUGGACGUUCCGUCCGCUGAGAGCUUCUCCUCCCUUGCUGUCGGUGGGAAGCUAAAGACGUUAUUCACCGAACUAAGUGCAGCGGAUAUAGGGGAAAUAUCAGGAUCGGAUUCCAAACUCUUCCUUGUCGUCAAGGUUUUAAGCUGGGAAGCGCCUAGAACUGUUCCAACCCUCGUAAAGUCCCAAUCAUUCUCCGGGGCUGGGCCCAAUAAAGGCGGACCCCAGUUUAACUCUACAGGAAAAGGCAGCUUACGGGGCCGAAGAAGCAUGAUGUGGGGUCAAAAGGGCCAUAAAGGUGGCCAUCCUACAGAACCGGCAGCAAAAGAGUUGAAUAAUGCUCCGCCUCGAUCGAGUGAGGGAGUGGAAAAGGAGAAACAUACCACGCCUCCUAAGAAAAAGGACCCUGUCUGCCGUAUGAUCGGCGUAGGAGCGAUUGAAGUUGGCCCCCUGGUGAAGGCCGGCAAGUCCACCGAACAGGUGUUCACCAUUUGGUCGCCCCUGGGUGAAAACGACGAAGAAGAUGGAACGACAGAUGGCUUCCAUGAGAUCAUUCGCAGCUUAAUUUACAGUCCAACCGGACGGUAUGUCAGGUCAUACCAAGCUGCACGACUACACACCCACCUCUAUCCAUUCACCGGCACCGAUGCAGAUGCCCUCGUCAAGAAAAACCCUACACUCCUGCACAGCGUUACUCAGACCAGAAGGAUAGGCUUCCCUGGGGCGCCAACGAAGCCAAGGUCAGAUAUAUACGUUACCCUCUCACGAGCGAACAUUUCACGGGAUGCACUCCUCUCGCACCCAAUUCACGGCCAGGUGCCCGUUCCACAAUCAACAGGCCUCCGAAACAUACAACUAACACUCGAAGUCCGCGACUCGUCUGGCGCAAGGGUAGAAAAGUGUAUCUGCCCGUCAUCUAACGCUACUCCUGUCAUUGCUUGGAGAACAACCGUCACAGAGAGACUUUCUGGCUGGAAUCAGACUAUCCGUUUGAGCAUCCCUGCCGACAAGGUACCUGGAUCUCACUUGAUCAUGAGCAUAGCCGACGCACCAGAGUUCCCGUUUGCAUUAAGCUGGAUGCCGCUCUGGGACCAACAGGCGUUCAUUCGCGAUGGGCCUCACUCUCUCUUGCUCCAUGCGUAUGAUAAAUCCACAUCAAGCCUGGAAAACGGGAAAGGUGCCUAUCUUUCCCUGCCCUGGAGCGCGCUGGGGAAGAAUGAAUCAACCAAGGACGAAGCCGUAACCGGUCCAGUCGCUACUUUGGUCGUGGAAACUGAUCUAUGCAGCACCGAGUAUUCCCAGGAUCAAGUCAUGCUUGGUCUUGUCAACUGGAAGGAAAAGCCUGCAUCUGAGCUGUUAGAGCUGCUGCGAAGACUCGUUUUCGUUCCAGAGAUCGAGAUAGUCAAACAAUUGAGCACUGUCUUUGAUGCAUUGUUCGGUAUCAUAGUCGAGCACUCUGGGAAUGACGAGUUCGAGGACUUGGUGUUCGCCGAUAUAGUCACAGUGCUCGGUAUCCUACAUGACCGUCGAUUUAACCUUGGGCCCUUGGUUGAUCAAUAUGCUAAGGAGCAAUUCAACUUCCCCUUUGCUACCCCUUGUCUUAUAAGGAGUUACUGUCGUCUCCUCCAAGCGACACCUGACUCGCAACAAUCCCGCAACCUCCGUGCUGCAUUCAAGGUUGGAAGACACAUCCUAAAGUUCAUAAUAAAUGCAAGGGAACAACAAAAGGCAAAGGAAGAAGGCAUCGGCAUCACAAAUAUUCAAUCAACGUUCAACCGUGACCUGACCUUCAUCUUCAAAUCUGUCGAAGCCCUGAUGCAAAAUCCUGCCCCAAUUCUUGUUGGAAGCAAAACUCUUGUCGUCCAGCACUUCCAUACUUGGUUACCAGAGCUCUCCAGUGCGCUUACCAAGGAGGAAAUCAUCGAAAUUGCCUUGAGCUUUAUGGACUCGUGCAAGGAUGUUAAAGGCAUGCUUAUUCUCUAUAAGCUUGUUCUCAUCCAGAACUACUCCCAACUCACAUUAUUUGCUGAGCAAAAGGAGAGAAAGAUGCUCUAUGCUCGAUGUAUCAAAUGGCUUGAUCCUUACUGGGGCGCAGUAUCUCAAGUCACAGACCAGUACAGAGACCAGGUUCGGCUGUGUUCGUCUAUCAUUGCAGAACAGCUUAAACAUCCAGAACCAGAACUUUUCCAAUAUAUGCCGAAGGUUGUGGCGUCAUAUUGCGCAAUUGAAGCAGAUGGCGUCGAAGAGUCAAACUGGCUAUCUUUACUGUUCAGCAAGUCAUUCCCGUUCCAGCUGAAGCAGUCAAAGACGAGCCAGAAAUUUGACGAGGCUCUUGUCGAGCUUUCUGCUCUCACUGCCGCGUUAUCGGCUAUACCAAAUCCCGUUGAGUUGGUUAUGGAGCCUGAUGAGAUGGCAAUCUUCCUCUCCCGCGCAUUUAGCACUCAUAUCUCAAUUCUCGACUGUGUUCCAUACCCUUCAACUUGGCUAAGUUUGCGCAUCUACCACCACCGUUCUGUGGUGAAGAGCCUGGAACAUUGGUCUGCAAUGCUCAUCAAAUCGUUCCUUCCACCUGUUGAAGAGGCUGACACCUUCGACAUGGAAUUGUGGCGAUUAUUCUUCGCUACAAUCUUGAAGUUGGUGUCAAGCGAUGCUCUUGCACUGGAGACAUUCCCCGAACAAAAACGACGUGCUGUGUGGAAAAUCGCUGGCGAUGUCCGUGAACACGGCGCAGAGCUUUUGCGCGCGACGUGGAAAGCCAUUGGUUGGGAGACUACUCCCGAAGAACGUGAACGGUUUGGCCUGGACAGACUGGGAGGAUACCAGGUUCAAUAUGUUCCUAGCCUUGUGCCUCCGAUCAUUGAGCUUUGUCUGAGCGUUCAUGAGGGGCCUCGGCGUGUUGCUGUUGAAAUCCUGCAGACAAUGCUUGUUAGCGAAUGGCAGUUGAAUGAGGAUCUGGCUAUGAUCGAAGCUGAGAUAAUAUCAAGUCUAGACGAGACGUUCAAAACGAGGAACUUCACUGAAAGCAUUACGCAAAAGCUGUUCAUGACAGAGCUAAUGGAACUCUUUGAUACGAGCUCUCCUACCCUUGAUCCUGAACUCAUGGUUGCGCUGAAGGAGCUGGUUGCUACUGUUGACGAGCUACUAGACCUUCUCGCCGCAGCCCACUCCGGUAACAUCUCAGAGAGUUUGAAUACCUUGAAACUGAUGGAAUUCAUGAAAGACAUGGACAAGGAGGAUAUUUUCAUUCGCUACGUCCAUGAGCUUGCGCGAGGGCAGGUUGCUGCUCAAAAUUUCACAGAGGCUGGUCUCGCACUUCAAUUCCAUGCCGAUCUCUACAAUUGGGAUUUCUCGCAACUCCUUCCCGCCCUUUCGACGCCAGAGUUCCCAGAGCAAACAGCCUUCGAGCGUAAGGAAGUUUUGUACUUCCAAAUCAUUCAACAUUUUGAGGACGGAAAGGCUUGGGCGCAUGCCCUUGCUUGCUAUAGGGAGCUUGCAGAUCAAUAUGAGCACACUACACUGGACUUUGCCAAACUCUCAAGAACACAAACGUCCAUGGCGAGGAUUUACGACUCAAUCGUUAGAGACGAUAUCCAAGUUGCGAGAUAUUUCCGUGUUACUUUCAAGGGCCUUGGGUUCCCAACUACUGUGAGGGAUAAGCAAUAUAUCUUUGAGGGAUAUCCAACAGACCGACUGGCCAGCUUUACCGAUAGACUGCAAAAGGAAUACCCUGCCGCCCAAUUGAUUACAUCCGGAGAGAUUGAAGAUUUAGAGGGCCAGUUUCUUCGAGUAUCUGCGGUUAGCAUUCACCGAGACAUGAACCAUCCAGUUUACCAACGAACUAAGAUUCCUCAAUCCGUUCGAGACCACCUGUUGACAUCUGUACCCGCACAGUUCUCUGUUACGUCUAAGAAACAUCUGAGCGGCAAUGAUGUUAAGAAACAAUGGGUCGAAAAAUCCAUAUACACUGUAGCCGAACCAUUCCCAAAUAUUCUUAGACGCAGUGAGAUAGUUGCGGUAGAUGAGGUUGCAUUGACCCCUUUGCAAACUGCAAUCGAAAGGACAUGGCGUAAAACCCAGGAACUCAUGAUCUUAGAAAGGAGAGCAUCAUUAAACCCGGAUGCGAAUCUCUCGGCGGUGAGCGAACUCAUUCGACAACUCGUUGAUGUUGAGGCCCAGCCGUCUACUUGUGCUGCGCUCUAUCGCGAUUUCCUCCAAGAGAACUAUGAUCCAGAUGCACCAGCAGGGAACGGUGAGGUCGAUGGACCAGUACACCCUAAUCACCCGCUUAGGAGUGCCCUUGCCGCCGCCCUGAUAGAGCAUGCAUUAGCGAUCAAACGCUGCCUUAUGCUAUUCAACCUUCGGCCAUCAUACCAGUCCGACCAGAUGGAACUUGUUCGCCAAUUCGAAUCCAUCUUCUCGCAUGAGCUUGCAACCUUCAUACCCAUUGCUGGACAGUUUCAAGAUGAUAACCUUUCCACGUUCAAUCGAUUUGACCCCUUUACAAACGGCCAGGCCUCACGAUUGCAAACGUCAAACGAGUUCCAGGGCGAUAGCACACAGCAGCAGCCCAUCAAUUCGCACUCUAGGUCCCUCUCCAAUGCAAAAUCUGAGACUCAAAGCCGUCGACUAAGCCUUAAUCCAUUCAAACGGUCACAUCAUGGGGCAUCCAACUCAGUCGCAACUAUUACGCAGGAAACAAUUAGAUCCAACAGUAGCCUGAGAAAUCAAUCUAUCAGUGAGGAGGCAAAACCUAAUGGUUCCAUGGUAAAAGAGUUAGCCAGAGCAGCCACCUCCUCAAGCAACAGGACAGAGACCAAUGAUAGGAAAGGCAGUCUUUCGGCCCAAGGCAAAACAGACGGUUCACAGAAGCGGAGAAGCUGGUUUGGAAACGGAAGUACCACCAGUAGUGUUAAUGGUGACGCCAGACCAAAUGGCACGCCUGCUGCCUCGACUGAAGAUAUUAAAACAACGCAGCAGCGAAUCAUCGACAGAGCCAAGGCAGCUCGCAAACAGAAUGGAUCUCCCCGAUCGCCUCCCUCCUAUUCGACCAUUCCCCCGACACGACCAUCGACCAACGGCAGCAAUCGGACGGGUUUAUCUGAACGCUCCGGGCAGAAGGCUCCAAUUAGUCCGCUGACAGACUCUUCAGGAGGGCACAAUAACAUGAGUGCUUCCACAAUGCGCGACUCCGUCAUGAAGCGGUUCAGUCUUUUAAAGUCAGGUCGAAAGUCCAGCCGUACGAAUUUCAGAGAAGGCGGUGCAAUGGGCGGAGCGGUGAAGGAAGAAUAA